UGUCUGACUAUCACGUGACGAGUUGCUGGUUGCUUGAGAUAGAAGUAGCUGGUCGCGUCAUUGAGCUCCGUUGUGAAUGCAGUACAGUAUUAGCUGCCACUAACAGAAAAGAUGGUGGUGUAUAGUGCUAAAAACUAAAUGUUUGACAGUACACGCUACGUGAGGUGUGACAGUUGUUAUCCAGCCAGGUGGAGGAGCAGGUACAGUAGCUAUGUGGGUGUUCGGUUAUGGCUCUCUGAUCUGGAAGGUGGAUUUUCCCUAUGAGGAGAAGCUGAUCGGCUACAUUAAAGGCUUCAGCCGGCGCUUCUGGCAAGGCAGCACCGACCACAGGGGAGUGCCAGGCAAGGUGACGUAUCUAUCUGUAUGGAUGACUAGUGAAGGGAGUCCUGGCCGAGUUGUGACUCUGGUGGAGGACCCAGAGGGUUGUGUCUGGGGCGUGGCAUAUAAGCUGCCGUCUGGCCGAGAGCAGGAAGUGAAGUGUUACCUUGACUACCGGGAGAAGGGCGGUUACCGCGUCAUCGCAGUGAACUUUCACCCCAGACCCUCCGUGACCCCCACACGACACACUGACACUCCCCCUGAACCCAGCCAGGCUCUGCUCUACAUCGGUUCUAAUGACAGCCCUGACUACCUGGGUCCCGCCCCCCUGGAGCUGAUAGCCAAUCAGAUUGUAGAUGCUGUUGGACCGAGUGGACGGAACACUGAAUACCUGUUUUCAUUGGCUGAGGCGCUGAGGACCCUCCUCCCUGAAGACUCAGACACACACCUCUUCUCUCUCGAAGACCUGGUUAGAGAGAGACUAGCACACACACUUACUACAUGUGUGUCAGUAAACCAUCGCAGGGAUGCUGUGGAUUGUCAGUCAUGUGAUUGUCUCCAGGACCAUUCAGAGCCGGGUUAAGGUUAGGACCAUUCAGAGCCGGGUUGGGACUGUUCAGAGCUGGGUUAAGGUUAAGGUUAGGACCAUUCAGAGCCGGGUUAAGGUUAGGACCGUUCAGAGCUGGGUUGGGACUGUUCAGAGCUGGGUUGGGACUGUUCAGAGCUGGGUUGGGACUGUUCAGAGCUGGGUUAAGGUUAGGACUGUUCAGAGCUGGGUUGGGACUGUUCAGAGCUGGGUUAAGGUUAGGGUUGGGACCAUUCAGAGCCGGGUUAGGGUUAGGACUGUUCAGAGCUGGGUUGGGACUGUUCAGAGCUGGGUUAGGGUUAGGACCAUUCAGAGCCGGGUUAAGGUUAGGACCAUUCAGAGCUGGGUUAGGACUGUUCAGAGCUGGGUUAGGGUUAGGACCAUUCAGAGCUGGGUUAGGACUGUUCAGAGCUGGGUUAGGGUUAGGACCAUUCAGAGCUGGGUUGGUUAGGACUGUUCAGAGCCGGGUUAGGGUUAGGACUGUUCAGAGCUGGGUUAGGGUUAAGGUUAGGACUGUUCAGAGCUGGGUUAAGGUUAAGACCGUUCAGAGCUGGGUUAGGGUUAGGACCAUUCAGAGCUGGGUUAGGGUUGGGACUGUUCAGAGCUGGGUUAGGACUGUUCAGAGCUGGGUUAGGGUUAGGACUGUUCAGAGCAGAGCUGGGUUAGGGUUAGGACUGACUCUAGUGAUGUCAUUUAAACCUGUCUCACGCUCCAGUGAUGUCAUUUAAACCUGUCUCACGCUCCAGUGAUGUCAUUUUAAACACUUGUCUCAGUCUCCAGUGAUGUCAUAUUAAAUAGCUGUCUCACUCUUCA